AUGAACCAACACGGCGCAUCGUCGGGACCCUCCGCGACAGUCGCCGACUUCUUUCGCGACGUGGCCUCGGCAGGCGGUUCGGCCUACAUUGCUACCUUGGCCAGGUUCGGCGCGAUCAACACGCCGGCCGUGAGGGACUCCUUCGCCGUCCUUUUGGAGAACGGCGUGCCCGAGGGCCUCUGCUACAGAUCCGCCGGUGCCGCCGCAGCAGCCAGAGCCAACGGCGGCAAGGCCACCCAGGCCAUGGAUCCCGGGCGACGCCAAGACACCCUCGCCGCCAUCGACGCCAAUCUGCUGGCAUCGUCGACCCGCCGGGCCAUGGAGUCGCGGGUGAGGACGGUGGGCGCCCUGGCCGACAGAGGCCAGUUUCCCCUCUUCCCGCUCGACGCCAACAAGCUUCACACCAUCGCCGGGGCCAUGCGGAUCGCCGGCUACAGGUCGACCGGGCUUUACCUCGACGCGGUGGUAUGGCAUCAGGAGAACACCCUCCACACGCCGAUCACCCCUGGACUCCGACGGGUGGUCAAGACGCUGACCAAGGCAGCGGCGAGGGGCCUGCCAGGGUCCAGGCUCAAACAGGCCUUCGACCUCGACGAGCUCACCAAGUUGGUCGACGACACGGCACCAUUCGGGCCCUUCAACGCCGGCUUGGUCGCUCACGCCGUCGAUGUCGUUAUCGUCGCUACUUGGUUUAUGCUGAGGGAGGUGGAGCUCGCGGCGGCCCGGGUCAGAGACCUCGGGGUGACCGGCGGUGCGUCAGCGGCCGCGACGCCGGCCGACUUCUUGUUUCCGACCAGACCGACGGUGCAGAGAUCCAAGGCGGAGUCAGCCGAGAUGUUUCGGCUGGUGCUGGACGCCGCCGGCUUCGAGACGGUGUACCUCGACGACCAGGGCAAGCGCCGAUUGAUCUUCGGCGGCCACGCCGCCAGAGUGGCAGGUGCAACCUUUCUGGCGAUGAGGGGGGUGCCGGUCGCCGUGAUCCAGCUGCUCGGCCGAUGGGCCUCCACCGCCGUCGAACGGUAUGUUCAACAGGCACCCCUCGCCGUGGCCGCCGGCGUUCCAGCCCAGGCAUUGGCAGCGGCGGGUGCGUCGACAACGACGCCGGCCCAGCUCCUGGCGACACCGACGCCGUCGGCCAUCAUGGACUCGAUGCCGACGGGGAGUGCGGCAGGGCACGCCGAUACGGCGGUGCCGGCCUCGCACCCGCUGGUGCCCAAUGUCGACUUCGCGGCAGAGGUGCCCGGCGUGGAGUUCGUGCCAGAACCCGUCAGGAUGCCCGUGGCCGACGCGAUCGGCGACUCGGCGCCCCGGUAUGUCAUGAACUGCCGCACCAAAAUGGUGCACAAGCCGGGGGUCGACGAAGCGACGACAGAGAGGUCGGAUUGGCAGGCCAAGUGUGGCUGGCCUUACGGCGUGCGACAGUUCUUUCGCCUCUCCGAGCUGCCGCCGGAUCGGGCCUUAUGCCGCAAGUGCUUCCCGACGGAAACCGUCGACGUUGAGGCACCUGAGGCGAUCGACUCGUCGUCGAGCUCCUCGUCCUCCACUAGCGGAGCGACGUCGGACUCCGACUGA